AUGCGUGAGAUUCUUUACAUUCAAGGUGGCCAAUGUGGUAACCAGAUUGGUGCCAAGUUUUGGGAGGUAGUGUGUGCAGAGCACGGCAUCGAUGUCACCGGGAAGUAUACCGGAGACUCUGAACUCCAGCUCGAGAGGAUCAACGUUUAUUACAAUGAGGCUAGUGGCGGCAGGUUUGUUCCACGCGUGGUGCUCAUGGAUUUGGAGCCUGCUACCAUGGACAGUCACAGAUCUGGUGCUUACGGACAGAUCUUCAGGCCUGACAACUUUGUUUUUGGCCAGUCCGGCGCUGUCACCCGCCUCCGGACGUUUCUGUCGUUCUGGUCUGGGGGCAUGACAGAGUUUCCUCACGAUGAUUUGUUUGACGAAUCAGAGGAUUCUGAUAUGUUCGUUGAGAGUGAAAAUUCCGACGACGAGAGUGACGCUGGGGAGAAUGAUGAAGACGAUCAAGGCGAUGACGAGGACGAUGACGAACACGAUGAUUCCAAGUGA